UGGUAGAAGGGGAGGGAUAGGGUACGUUGUCAGAUAUUAGAAGAGGUGGCGAGCUGAGACUGGGCUGCAAGGCGGUGAGAAGUUUGGUUCCCUUAAAAUUCUGACCGUGAACAUGGCCCCCAGCACACAGCUAAAUGAGACUGUUUCCGACGUGAGGAAGGGAAUCCGGGCCAUUCUGCUCGGACCCCCGGGCGCAGGGAAAGGGACGCAGGCACCCCGUCUGGCUGAGAAGUACUGCGUGUGUCACUUGGCAACCGGCGACAUGCUGAGGGCCAUGGUGGCGUCUGGCACAGAGCUGGGCACGCGGCUCAAAGAGACUAUGGAUGCCGGAAAACUGGUCAGUGACGAGAUGGUCGUGGAACUCAUUGAGAAGAACCUGGACACGCCUCCCUGCAAGAACGGCUUCCUGUUGGACGGCUUCCCCCGUACUGUGAAACAAGCAGAGAUGCUGGACGAUCUGCUGGAGAAGCGCUCGGAGAAGCUGGACUCUGUCGUCGAGUUCCGCGUGGAGGACUCCCUGCUGGUGCGCAGGAUCUGCGGCAGGCUUAUUCACCAGCCCAGCGGGCGCUCCUACCAUGAGGAGUUUAACCCCCCAAAAGAGGCCAUGAAGGAUGAUGUGACCGGCGAGCCCCUGUCCCGCCGCAGCGACGAUAACGAGACGACGCUGCGCUCUCGGCUGGAGUCGUACCACCGGCAGACCUCCCCGCUGGUGCAGUACUACGGCGCCCGCGGGCUGCACCACGCCAUCGACGCCGCCCAGUCCCCCGACAUCGUCUUCGCCUCCAUCCUCGCCGCCUUCUCCAGCGCCACCUGUAAAGACCUGGUGUUGUUCGUCUAGCUCCGCCCCCACCCCCUCUGAGUCUGCCCCUCACUCUUCCCUCUCUCUCUGUCCCUCUGAUGAGGUCUCCUCUCUCUUCUGCUUUCUGCCCUCUCUCCUUCCCAAGGUGCAUCUCUUCCCCUCUCUCCCUGCCUGUUCCUGUAAGGCGUCUUGCUCUUGGAUGAUGUACAAGGCUCUGCCUGCUGCCGGUCGGCAUACAUACCAAACCAAUAAAGCACAAUGGGUUGUGCUCCCACGCGCCAGGUGUACGCAGCACUCAUAUUCAGCCAAUAAAAAUUCAGCAGCCUUAAUAUGAAGUGAAUAGAUUUUAAGAUGAAAUGGCUGACUUGCGUUAUAAUACAGCUGAAUAAGGCUUUACAUGUAUGGGACCACCUCCAGCUCUCUUGUGAGUGGUGUUGUGUAUCUGUGGUGCAAGAAGGCAUUUGCUGAUCCUCCACCAUGUCCAGAAAUGCACUUUAAAACCAAGGCCUCAGGCACGGGCUACAAUGCACAUUCCAGUGUCAUGUUAUCCUGCCCGGCAGCAUGUAACCAAUGGGUUUCUCUCACUUUAUCUCUGUUUUGAUUACAGAUGGACAAUCCUGUUACUUGUCUUGUGUUUAUUUGGAAAAUAACCGCAUUGAUUUAAAGUUGCUCUUAUACAUGCUCUUACAUGAUUUCACGACAUAUACAAUAUCCAGUCUAUGAAGUUAUGUACUGUGCUACAGCUUCAAUGGUCUUUUAGUUUUCUGGCGACUGCCAAAAAAUGAUUGUAUGCUUGGCUGAAGCAAAGCUUAGAGUUAUGGUUUCUUUGUUUAGCAUCAAGUUAAAGUGUUUUGUAAUUUCAAAUGUUCAUUGUGUAUAUAGCUGAAUGUAU